CGUUGAAUUUUCGGAGGAAGGAAACAGUUUCGUGAUUGAAAAAUGAAAACCUAUGAAUCAGUGUGGAUGUUUUAAUUUUCGGCCUUCACUGGAAGCGAAUGGAAUCUGUGGCAGAGAAAUGGAAGCACUCGAUACUGUAUCUUGGAUUCAUCUACUCGAUUCUGUUCCUUCUCCAUUCUCUCAUCUUCCAGAAGUUACUUCUAGGAUAUGAAACCGUUCGCAUCAAGAGGAAUCCGGAUCUCCCGCUCCGCUUCCGUUCCGAUGGUACCUUCAAGAUUCUUCAGGUGGCCGAUAUGCAUUUUGCUAAUGGAGCUAACACGCGGUGUCGUGAUGUGUUGGAUUCCGAACUCAAUCACUGCUCGGAUCUUAAUACGACCCUGUUUUUCAAGAGAAUGGUCGAUGCUGAAAGUCCCGAUUUUAUUGCCUUUACAGGUGACAAUAUUUUUGGGUCAAGCACUACUGAUGCUGCUGAAUCCUUGUUCAGAGCUUUCGGUCCUGUUAUUCAAUAUCAAAUUCCAUGGGCUGCAAUUUUGGGAAACCAUGACCAAGAAUCUACAAUGACUCGAGAAGAGUUAAUGUCUCUGAUUUCCCUCAUGGAUUAUUCAGUAUCUCAAACCAACCCACCAGUUAACUACUCUCCUUCGACUGGAAGUCAAAUGAUACGAAACAUUGAUGGGUUUGGGAAUUAUGAUAUUAAUAUAUAUGGUGCUCCAGGUUCACAUUUGGCAAAUUCAACUGUCCUCAAUCUCUACUUUCUGGACAGUGGAGACAGGGCUAUAGUGCAAGGAGCACGAACUUAUGGAUGGAUUAAGGAGUCGCAGCUUCAGUGGCUCAGAGAUGUUUCUCAAAGAUAUCAGGAUCUUUUUCCCUCGACAGAUGCUUUGCCCCAAAGGAAGCCUCCAGCACUGACAUUUUUCCACAUACCAAUCCCAGAAGUUCGAACUCUUUACUAUACAAAGAUCAUUGGCCAAUUUCAGGAGGAUGUGGCAUGUUCUUCGGUGAAUUCAGGAGUCCUGCAGAACUUGAUUGCCAUGGGAAAUGUGAAAGCUGUGUUCAUGGGCCACGAUCAUGCAAACGAUUUCUGCGGUAAUCUUGAUGGUAUAUGGUUUUGUUACGGUGGAGGAUUCGGAUAUCAUGGCUAUGGGAGGCCCGGGUGGCCGAGGAGAGGUCGGGUUAUAGUAGCAGAACUUGGAAAAGGCCAGAAGAGUUGGAUGGGAGUAGAGAGGAUCAGGACGUGGAAACGACUAGACGACGAAAAACUGACCAAGAUUGAUGAACAAAUUCUGUGGGAAAGUAAACAAUCUCAAUAACUCUGCCUCUCAAAGCAACCAUGCUUGUAUUAUAUUGUGGCACUGAUCUUUGUAGUCUAGAAUGCUGGAUUCUUGUAUCCGUAGUAUAGGCAGAGUUCUUCAAUAUCCCAAAUAUAAUGCUCGACUUUUAGUUCCAUAAAUUGAAAAUGUGGAGUGGAGAAGUAUUUAUGUAUGUUAUAUUGCUACUUGUUGAUUGGACACUGAUUUCUCGGAGUUAUAUGUCUAUACUGGUUCAUGUUUUCCA